CUGCCGGCCGCCGGCGAGCAGGACUGCUGCGGGGAGCGCGUGGUCAUCAACAUCUCGGGGCUGCGCUUUGAGACGCAGCUCAAGACCCUCUGCCAGUUCCCGGAGACGCUGCUGGGCGACCCCAAGCGGCGCAUGAGGUACUUCGACCCGCUCCGCAACGAGUACUUCUUCGACCGCAACCGGCCCAGCUUCGACGCCAUCCUCUACUACUAUCAGUCCGGGGGCCGCAUCCGCCGACCGGUCAACGUGCCCAUCGACAUCUUCUCCGAGGAGAUCCGUUUCUACCAGCUGGGCGAGGAGGCCAUGGAGAAGUUCCGUGAGGACGAGGGCUUCCUGCGGGAGGAGGAAAGGCCCCUGCCCCUCCGGGAUUUCCAGCGCCAGGUGUGGCUGCUCUUCGAGUACCCGGAGAGCUCCGGGCCGGCCCGGGGCAUCGCGAUCGUGUCCGUGCUCGUCAUCCUCAUCUCCAUUGUCAUCUUCUGCCUGGAGACGCUGCCUGAGUUCCGCGAUGAGAAGUACUACCCUGCCUCGCCGUCGCAGGAGCUGUUCGAGGCGGCCAGCAACAACACGUCGGGGGCACCCGCGGGAGCCUCCAGCUUCUCGGAUCCCUUCUUCGUGGUGGAGACCCUGUGCAUCAUCUGGUUCUCCUUUGAGCUGCUGGUGCGGUUCUUUGCUUGCCCCAGCAAAGCCACCUUUUCGCGAAAUAUCAUGAACCUGAUAGACAUCGUGGCCAUCAUCCCUUACUUCAUCACUCUGGGCACUGAGCUGGCUGAACGACAGGGCAAUGGUCAGCAAGCCAUGUCCCUGGCUAUCCUGAGGGUCAUCCGCCUGGUAAGGGUCUUCCGCAUCUUCAAGCUCUCCCGCCACUCCAAGGGGCUGCAGAUCCUGGGGCAGACGCUGAAGGCUUCCAUGCGGGAGUUGGGACUGCUCAUCUUUUUCCUCUUUAUUGGGGUCAUCCUCUUCUCCAGCGCAGUCUACUUUGCCGAGGCAGACGACCCCACUUCAGGUUUUAGCAGUAUUCCAGAUGCCUUCUGGUGGGCCGUGGUAACCAUGACAACAGUGGGUUACGGCGACAUGCAUCCAGUGACCAUAGGGGGCAAGAUUGUGGGGUCGCUCUGUGCCAUCGCUGGUGUCUUGACCAUUGCUCUGCCAGUCCCUGUGAUUGUUUCCAACUUCAAUUACUUCUACCACCGGGAGACAGAAGGGGAAGAGCAAGCCCAGUACAUGCACGUGGGAAGUUGCCAGCACCUCUCGUCUUCAGCCGAGGAGCUCCGGAAAGCGAGGAGUAACUCGACUCUGAGUAAGUCGGAGUAUAUGGUGAUCGAAGAGGGAGGUAUGAACCAUAGCGCUUUCCCCCAGACCCCUUUCAAAACGGGCAAUUCCACGGCCACCUGCACCACGAACAAUAAUCCCAACUCCUGUGUCAACAUCAAAAAGAUAUUUACUGAUGUUUAAUACAUAAAACAAGUGACAUGCUGUGCUCAGUAUUGUGUGGAACGUGCCCCCUUGGUCUGUGUAUGCCCUUGUUUUAUACAUUUCCAGACCAUUCAUCAAUGAAAGGACAUGAAGAAGUGGAAAGCACACUUCAUUCUCCCUCUCCCUACUGCUUCAUACUGAAACAGGUGUCUGUUUUGCAAGUGGGCUGCAUUCUCUCAGCUCUCUUAUUUUUUCCCCUCUCCCUCUCAAUAUUUCCGACAACAAACUUACUUUAAACUUGAUUUUUAGUACAAGCUCUAGUAAAAAAAAACUAAAAAAACCCUGUACAUCCCGGGAGGAAAUGAAACUAAAGAACAGUUAAGAGUAACUGUUUAACCUCAGAAUCGAAAAGCAGUUGUUUGUUUACUAAGUAAAGCAGGCACAUACUUAAACGAUGCUUCAGUUUGAUGGACCCUUCAACAUUAUUGAAUAUUUAGUUCAGUUGCCUACACUGUGGAUAUGUGGAUGAAAAGUCUAAUUAGAACAAUGAGUUGUAAACCCACCAUAAGUUUAUUUGGUUUUCAACUGGAAUUUCCAUUUGCAACACCCCCUCCUGAAAAUUUAAGGAUCUCUACGAUUUUGAACAAAGGGAAGUGCCCAAGAUGCUCUGAUCUGACUCAUUAAUUUAACUCUUUGGGACUUGUUAAGCAUUUCGAAAGUAUUAGACUAACAGAUUCCUGUGAAAUUCUGUGUGCACUCCAGCUAACAUCUAUCAAAGUCUAGAAACAGAUGUUUUCAGUGCUGCUGAGAGAAACAAAAAAAUUUCCUAAUGCGUCUGAGAGAUAAUCUUCUGCAGUAUCACAAGAAGAUUAAAGUGGCAGACACUCCUUCCAGCGGAAGUUACUAAUUCGGACCUGACUGAUGCAGUUCCCAUAGCAACCCAUGUUUCCCGGGAAACCCGAAAAAGGUUGUCAUGGCAUCUCUCGCUCUCUAGCCCCACCCCCUAGCCCCUGCCGUUUCCACAGUAACCUUUCCAGAUGGUUCCUACUUACAGGAUUUCACAAGGAAAACCACUGUUUGAAUAAACCGCACAAAUAAAGUUAAGUCUGAGACUCCAAGGUGGUGAAAUGAAUCACAAAAUGCAUAUUUUUACUGCCAGAAAGUCACUGAUGUCAUUCCAUAAUGACUGAAUCAAAAAGGAAAAUAUCGUCAUUGAAAUGUUAAACAUACACCACAAUAAGCCGUGAUUUGAAUUAAAUGCCAGUAAUUGGGCAAUCAUUUUAAAAGAUGCUUCUCUACUGUUUUCUUUCCCCAAGAAGUUUCAAGCCAACAAAUGAAAUUUAAAAACAAAUGUAAAAGUGUUCUGCACAUAAACAAAUGAAAGAUUCAAUCAGUAUACCUGAAAUCUUACCACAAGGGACCUUCAGAUAUCCUCUUUAAAAAAAAACCAAUUCAGAUUCCACAACAACACUGUCAGCAUCACAGCGCUUGAAAAACUAAAUAUACUUGAAAAAUACAAAGGAUGCACACUUUUAACUGAAGGAAUUGCAGACAAGCAAUAAAAAAGAGGGACAAGAAGUAACCAAACCUUGGGGAAAUACCUGCAAGUUUCAUCCAUAUGCCAGGGGUUGCCAGAAGACAGACAGAAUCAGAUACCUGAAGAGCCCCACAUAAGGAACUGUAGAGCAGCACUGACCGGUAGGAUGCUCUUUUUAAAUUGCCUAGAUCAAGAAUACAGUGUUGGUUAUAUCGCUGAUGGGCGGUGAUCUGUCUGCCAGCACAUAUUUUUGUUUCAGUCGACAUUAAGUAACAUGCCUCUGACAUAUAAAGGAAACAUCUCUGAAGCUGGAAGAUUCUCUUCAAAUUGUGUGCAAUAUACAAGAUAUUGACCAAGAGAGAAAGAAGAACUUUAAAAAGAUUAAGGUAUCAUUUCAACCUUUUGACAUUUUGAUGAAAUUUAAUCAUCCAAAAACUAAUCUCAGUACUGCUGAUAAAGAAAGCCUAAAUGUUUGUUUCCAACAAGCCAGCUUAUUACUGGUUUUUUUUCCUUUUGGUUAAUUACUGGACUGUGUUUAAUCAUGAUGUAUAUUAAUGUUACCUUCUAUGCUCUGGGUUGUGUGCAACUUUAUUUGUGAAAGUGUGUUUUGUACCAAAGGCUCUCCUACAUAAAUUAGCCCUUUUAUAUGUAAAUAAGUGAAGUCUAAACUGUGCCCAGAUAAAUGGUAUUAAAGACAGACUUG